GGCCGGGGCUGCGGCCGCACCUGGCGGCUCCCGGGCCCCGGGGAGCGGCCCCACCGCGGCGGAGCGAGCGGCGGCGCCAUGGCCGAGUUCCCGUCCAAAGUGAGCACGCGAACCAGCAGCCCGGCGCAGGGCGUCGGCGCCUCGGUGUGGGCGCUGCGCCCCGACCUGGCCUUCCUGCGCUCCAGCCUCGGGGUGCUCAUGCUGCUGCAGCUGGUGCUGGGGCUGCUGGUGUGGGCCCUGAUCGCCGACACACCGUACCACUUGUACCCGGCCUAUGGCUGGGUGAUGUUCGUGGCCGUCUUCCUCUGGCUGGUGACAAUCGUCGUCUUCUUCCUCUACCUGUUCCAGAUGCACAUGAAGUGGUACAGGGUGCCCUGGCCGCUGGUGCUGAUGGUGUUCAAUGUGGCGGCCACGGUUCUCUACGUCACGGCCUUCAUCACCUGCUCUGCCGCCGUGGAGCUGACCGCCCUGAAGGGUUCCCGGCCCUACAACCAGCGCGCGGCUGCCUCCUUCUUCUCGUGCCUGGUGAUGAUUGCUUACGGCGUGAGUGCUUUCUUCAGCUUCCAGGCCUGGCGGGGAGUGGGCAGCAACGCGGCCACCAGUCAGAUGGCUGGGGGCUAUGCCUAGGCCCCCGGCCACGAGGCUUGCCUGGCUGAAGGCUGCACGGCGCCACGGCGGUGAGGGCUCGGUGCUCAUCAGACUCGUUUGCCCCAUCCCGAGAACCCGGGAUCCCGCCUCCGGGCUGGCCCGUGACCGAGGGGCCAGCAGAGGCCAAGGCUGAGGGCUCCUCCCCGCCCUUCUGGUUCGGCAGACGGCGACAGGGGACAUGGGGCUCUCGCCGUCUCUGCCUUGCCCUUAGAGGACGCCCUGUCCCCAGCCGGCCCGUCCUCUCACCAGCACUAACGCACUAACCAGGUCCCCCCCACCCUGCCCAAAGCCGCAGGCCCCCUGGAAGCCUAACAAGCAGCGUGUACUGACCAGAGUCUGUUCUGGGGGUCCCGAGAAGCCCCCCCCUGCCCGCUAUGUGCCUGUCGGGGGCAUCUGGAGGGGGGGGUGACUCCCGGGCACAGCCUUCCUCCCUGCCGUCUGAACGCUCCGGUGAUGGCAGCUGGCGGGCGGCCCUGGCUGGGAAGGGCCCCCGGGGAAGGGCAGCCCCAGGGCCACCUGCUCCCCUGCUCUGCUGAUUGGGCACCAGGGACACAGCGAACGAGGGCGGUGGCACCCGGCCUGGUGGGUGCCAUAUGCUCGGGGGUGACUUGGUCUGUUUUCUUAAAUAAAAAUAAACACGGAAGAACCUA